AGGAGGAAGCGGAAGUGACGCGCGGGCGGGCGGGGCGGGGCGCGGGUUUGUGCGGUGCGUGUGUCCCGGAUGUGUCCAGACGGUUUCAGUCGGAGCAAAAACAACAACAACAACAGCGGCGGCGGCGGCGGCGCGAGAGACCAACUGCCACAGCCUCAGGGACAGCCUCAGCCUCGGCCACAGCCACAGCGGCAGGGUUUUCCAUUUUGAACUAAAUUGGAAAGAUGGUGGAUUAUUACCAAGUGUUAGGAGUAUCAAAGAAUUCAUCUCCAGAAGAAAUCAAAAAAGCGUAUCGCAAAUCAGCGCUGAAAUGGCACCCAGAUAAGAAUCCCGACAACAAGGACGAGGCAGAGUCAAAGUUCAAGCAAAUUUCAGAAGCAUAUGAAGUUCUUUCAGAUGUCUCCAAACGUGAUGUCUAUGAUCGUUAUGGAAAAGAUGGCUUAACAAAUAUCGGUGGAGGUGGCCAAUAUAACAGUGGCUAUAACUUUGGCUUCACAUUCCGUAACCCUGAAGACGUUUUCAGGGAGUUCUUUGGAGGCCGGGAUCCUUUUGCAGACUUUUUCAUGGAUGAUCCCUUCGAUGACUUUUUUGGACAUAGGCGAGGUCGGCAUGGGGUUGAAAGAAGCCGGGGAGGUGGGGGAUCAUUCUUCCCUGGAUUUGGUGGCUUCCCUGCGUUUGACCCUGGCUUUACUUCAUUCAGUUCUUUUGGUAAUCUUGGAACUGCUUCAUUCAGCUCCUCUUCAUUUGGAAAUGGAGGCAUGGGGAAUUUUCGAUCAGUAUCAACAUCUACCAAGUUUGUUAAUGGAAGGAAAAUCUCCACUAAGAGAAUUAUAGAAAAUGGCCAAGAAAGAGUGGAAGUAGAAGAAGAUGGUCAAUUGAGAUCUUUAACAAUAAAUGGUAAGGAGCAGCUACUGCGAUUGGAUAACAAGUAAAUCUUCCCUCGUAUUUAAUGAAAAUGGAUCAGCUUUCAUGGGGAAGCAAAAGAUUUUUGAGAAUAUCCUUGAAGGAACUUUGCUGCAUACGUUGUUUUGUUUAAUAGUUUGCUGCUUCUUAUGGCAUCUAUACUGUUUAUGCCAUAUGUGGAGUUUACUUUCAUGGGACCACAGUACAGGACCUUCUGACUUUUGUUUUGGAGUUUUGUUUGUAUUACAAAUCUAUUAAUGCACUUUUCUGUAACAUUUUGCUUUGUGCAUAUUUACUUUUGAAUCUUAAGUAGAGAUUGCCCUACUUACUCUAGGCAGAAAUGUUCUGUUUAAACGAAUGCUAUUUAGUGGCUUCUAACUUCAUGGAGUAUUAACCUGUUAAAAAUUUUCUAACUCCUAUUUUGUACUUAGCAUUGAAUAUAAGUAAGAAUAUUUAAUGAUCUAGUUUGCAUUUUUGCUUGAAAUUCCAUCUUUUUGUGGUGGUUUUUGAUUUUGCAUGUAUGCUACUUCAGUGAUGUGUUUUGGGAACUGUUAAUUGUUUGUCGUUAUGAUCUGACCAAAGUCAACAGCAUAACAUGUUGAUGCUGGCAGAAUGAAGCUUAAAACAUUUGUUAACAAAUGACGUAAACAAAAUAAAAUGCUUGUGGCACAACCAUUAAAAUGGCAUGAAAAAUA